GUCAUCCCCCCGAACCUGCGGUCCGUCUGCUGCUACGGCGGCGCGCCCAAGCGCGACCAGGCCAGCGUGCUGCGCCGGGGCGUUGAGGUCAUCAUCGCCACGCCUGGGCGCCUGAUCGACUUCCUGCAGGGCGGCGAGACGAACCUGCGCCGCGUCACCUACCUGGUCAUGGACGAGGCGGAUCGCAUGCUCGACAUGGGUUUCGAGCCAGACAUGCGCAAGAUCGUGGGGCAGAUCCG